CUGUUCAGGCUUCAGAAAUAUUUGAAGUUGCAGAAUCUCUACGAAGAAGUGAAACCAGUUGUACGCUAUGGCGGCUUAUUAUUCUACAUAGGUAUCUUUUCUCUUGGCGUGGAACGUGCGGUUGCAGUAUUUAUGGUGUCUAAAUAUGAAAAAUGUGUUUCUUCAAUUGCUACUGUCGCCAUCAUAGUCGUCCUGGUUUCUGUAACGGGUCUUGUUGGUACCGUUCUUAACAUGCUCAUCGCAGCAUAUAGCGACCUCCCAAAAAUGAUUUUUGUCACUUCUUAUGCUGUAUUAUGUUUCAUUGUAAGUUUUACAUUUGCGCAUUCAAUAUAA